UGGGGCGUGAUGUCAUAAGUCCCCUCCCUCACCAGAUAUAGAUUCAUGUUGGACCUGCUCUCUCUAUCACUCAACAGUCUUGCACAGUGAGAAGAAGUCUAAGUCAAUUGUUACCUUUUAGUGAAAUCUUCCAGCACCCUCCACAGCCAGCGCAAGAAAAUGCUCCCCAGGCUGUUUCUGUUCGUCCUCGGUGGGAUUGUACUCCUGAGCUGUGGGACAACACAGAGAAUACCGAGAGUCAAAAGACACAAUCUGAAGGUCCGGAUAAAUGCCACAGGGGACACAAUUACCUUCAAGUUUGUUCGGCCAAGCCCAGACACCAAGCUGGAAGGUUAUAUCCUUGGAUAUGGAAGCAGCAUGUUUUCCAAACAGUUCAUCCAGCUGCCAGAAGAUGGGGUGCCUUAUGAAACAGAAGUCGAUGCUGAACCCAAGUAUCUGAUAGCGGUGCAGCCAAUCCCAGCCAAUGACGUGAAGAAACAAUGCACAGGCCAAGUCAACCUUGAGAAACCCCUUCAUCUUGUCAUCGGCUCUGUGACACCCACGUCUGUCUUGCUGUCUUGGGGAAUGUUCUUGAAAAUGCCUUAUGAAGGAAGCAUAAUGAAUGACUGCCUGGAAGAUGGAAUUCAAGAGUGGAUACUCUUGUACAUUUUAAGACACUACACUGUGAGGUACAGGCCAAAACAGCAUAACAAGAAGUGGACCUACCAGACCUGCCCCACCAGAGACACUGUCAUUGACAGACUGAGGCCCAACACCCCUUAUGAGUUUGGUGUAAGGCCCAGCAAGAACAAACAGGAUGGAGUGUGGAGCAGGCCAGUUGUUUAUUCAACAAAUGGGAAAGAUGGACCCAGGAAACCAAAUGGACCCAUGAAACCGAAUGGACACAUGAAACCAAAUGGACCCAUGAAACCAAAUGGACCCAUGAUGAACCCCAGAAAAGAAGAGAAGCCUCAAACUGAUAAGCUUUUGAAGCCGGUGAUUCCAUCAGUCAAAGAUCCAUUACCGCCCAAAAUCAUGGUUCAUGACAAGACCCUACCACCAGUGUUUCCCCAUACAAAUCAUCCUGGCUCUCCUUCAACAACCAGGAGACCUCUUGCAUCACACAGAAAGCAGCCGGACACACCCACAGACCCAUCAUCCAAGUUACCUCACAGGACACAGGGUACACUGGGUAUAGCAAACAGUUUUACAAAGGUCCCGUCCUCACCUGCUGAUGUGCCAGACACCACUACCCAAUUCAUUCCUUCCAAAACCCUCACUACAUCUGCCACUCCAGUUGUUAUUCCUUCUGUAAACGAUGAAAAGCAUCAAGGGCAAGCUCAAACCAGAGCAGAUACUCCAACCACAAGACCACAGAUUUCCUCAACUAAAACAACUGAAAGACAUCAGAUUUCUCUGGCUAAAGGUGAAACAUAUCAAGGACACUUUGUAUCCAAACCAUCCAUUGCUACUCUCAGACCAAAUGUUAUCUGGGAUAAAAGAAAUCCCUUCCGUAACUUCACAGCCCCGACGGCAAAUCCCUCAAGCCCCUCAAUCCACCAGCCAUAUAGAAAACCUUCAAUGAGAACUUUUUUUAAUUCAUCUAACGGAUUAACACGCCCGGGACAUGUCCCACCCGGGCCAAUUAAUACUGCUCAAGCAACAGAGAACCGUCGCCAGGUAAAUGGAGAACAACAUAAAGGAAAUGUGCGGCCCAAGUGGCAACAAAGCAGCAUAGCUAACAACUCAUUGUUGGAGGAUAUAGCACCUGCAAUCCCUGAUCAUUAUGAAUGGUCAGAGUCGACACUGGGUAACAAUUUCUCUGGAGAUCGGUCUUCAAAUCCUGGCAGUGGUAGUCGCCCUGGGAGUUUUGGUAAUGGUUCCGUAAAACCUGGCACUGUUCUUAAGCCUCAUCAGACAGUGAUUCCCAGACAGGGAUCCCCAUCCCAAAUCACCACUAACACAGUAGUGGACAAGUCUGGUAAGAAAGAUCCAAGAAAGCCAAAUGACAAAAUUCUGAAGGUAGUCAUACCUUCGGUGACUCCAAAGCCUAACAAACAAGAAAGGAGACAAACAACCACAAUAAGUCCUCCCACAAUGAAUGCCUCCAGGUUUGACAUUGGCGUCAACUCUUCAGUCUUUAGCUCAGUUCCUUUGUCAGAUGUGGAUGCAAUGGGACAAAAGCGCUUUACAGCCCCUCAUGUUGUAUAUAAAGUGGAUAAGAAGCCAGAUGAGCCUUGUUCUAUCACAAACUCCCUCAGCCAUUUUCCUGAGGAAGAAGUUAGUGACCAGAAUGCCACUGCUGCUCCCAGAAAUCCUCCUACAAACCUGACUGUGGUGACUGUGGAGGGCUGCCCUUCCUUCAUCAUCCUGGACUGGGAAAAGCCCGACAAUGACACAUCCACAGAAUAUCAAGUAACCACAAAACAAAUAAAUAGCUCUGGAGUUCAAGAUGAAUCGGUACUGACGACCAACCAGACCCACUCUGCUGUGGAAAAUCUGCAACCCAACAGCAGUUAUGAGUUUACAGUACAAGCCAAAAAUGAGUUUGGAACUGGUCCACCUAGUGAUCCAGUGACUUUCUCCACUGAAUCUGCUGACCCCCGUGUGAGUGAAAAUCUAUCAGGAAAAGACGCAAUAUGGACAGAGUUCCCAUUCAAGCCUGACACGUACUCCGAGUGCAACGGGAAACAGUAUGUGAAAAGAACAUGGUACCGAAAGUUUGUUGGUGUCCAGCUCUGCAACUCCUUGAGAUAUAAAAUUUAUCUCAGUGACUCCCUCAAAGGAAAGUUCUUUAACAUAGGAGACCAGACAGGACAUGGAGAAGAUCAUUGCCAGUUUGUGGAUUCCUUUUUGGAUGGGCGGACAGGACAUCAACUCACUGGAAACCAGCUGCCACCUAGAGAAGGAUAUUUUAGAGCUGUCCGCCAGGAACCUGUCAACUUUGGGCAAAUAGGAGGAAAUUCCCAUAUUACCUAUGUGCCCUGGUAUGAGUGUGGGACAACAAUACCAGGGAAGUGGUAAAACCAUCAGGGGAGUCUGGUGAGAAAAUUGAGGGUGGGGGGGCUAAUGGAAAAAAAAGUGGAGGCAGGAGAGAGGAGGAUGAUUACCUAGUAUUAAUAUAGCAUCCCCUUACAUGUAAACCUCAGCCUUUCUCAUGUAUAAAAUGUGUAUAGGACCUACGCAAUCAAGAAUUUUAUUGAGUAUAUUUGUAAUAUGUAAUAGUAAUUAUCUCAUUAUUUAUCAAAAAAGGUGACAGAGAAACUCAACUGAAAAAGGGUGUGUCAAAAGAAUCAUGAAAUAAAUAAGUAAAUAGAAUAAAAUAAUGGGAAGCUGGCUCCCUGAAAGUAUUUUGAUAACUUGUAUAUUAUUUAUCGAAGCAUUGUAUUAAAAUGUUCGUUCUGGUGGUUUAUCUGCAGACAAGGGAGUGGACCUAGGCACAGGGCUUCACAGGAAGAGCAGUAAUGCGUCUCUUCCUGAAAUCGCUGUAGAAAUGUCAGUAAGGGAUGCAGAUUCCGUGAGCCGCAUUAUGGUUUAUAUAUCGUACAGAGGUAUUAUAACGUUGAAAUAGAUUCCUGGAAGAACCGACAUAGAGGAAUCGUGGUGUGUCAUUCUGUUCAUUUUCUUGACUUUGGUGCUUUACAAAAAAACACUUUGUCAGCCAAACAGCAAUGUUGUCGGGCAGAUGCAGAGGUGGAAUUUGCAUUUGAUGUCUCAAUUAUAUCCAAAGCCUUCACACCUAUUCAAUUCCUUCUUGCGCCAGUCAGUGGCUGUAGUCUGAAGGGGUUUACAAUUGCAAUUUGCACAAUAUGUAUUUAUAUGUAUAUGGAGAAUAAUAAGCCCUUUUAACAUGAACUUGGAAUAAAUCAUUUCCCUUUACGCUUGUGAACCACCAGUCUCUUCAUGCAUACGUCCUGCUAUUUUUCAUAAUCUCAUACAUGGAUUAACUAAGGGUGUGGUAUUUAUGCAUUCUAAAAAAGAAGGGUUUACUUCAUACUAUAUUUGUAAGCGCAAAAGGAGUUCUUCAUCGUCUAGAAUCUAUAUUUGUACAGAAAUCAAAGCUCGCAAGCAGCGACAGCGGUUAAGAUUUUUUUAAUCAUUAUUUUUUUGUAACAUUAAAUUGUAAUUUUUUUGACAUGUAUGAUCUUUCCAAUACAUAUUUUCAUUAAUAAAGAAAAGAUUUACUUUUUCCUUUUUUAA